GAGCAGUAAGCGUGGUUUAUGGCACUGCCCGGUGUUUAGAGAGGUUUUGGGGCUGCAAACGUGAGACGGUGUUAGUCAUUCAGCUCAGACACCUGUCCGCAGAGCAAAGUAAUGGCACAGAAGCCUCAGAAAUUGCCUCCUGAAAUUUGGAACAAUGUUUUUGGGUAUCUGUCAGCAGCAGAAAAGUUCAACGUCAGGGCAACCUGCAAGUUUUUCAAGACCAUUGUCGAUCACCGGUCUCUCUGGAAAGACUGGACGGUGGUUUUGGAUUUUAAAAAUGGCUCUUAUAACAAGAAGUUCUGGGACACUCUCCGUCAUAGACACGUGUCCAGCGUGGUGGUGAAGAGCACCAAGAUGAAACACUGGAAACAGCUCGCUCUGUUCCUUCCUAUUCUCACUACGGUGGUCAUGGACCAAAGCUCCCAGGAGUGCUUCAGCUGCUUGACGGGCUUCCCAAAUAUGAGACGUCUGGUUUUAAGAAACAACUCCUCUGAUCUUUUGUUGGACAUUUCCAGAUUCCCACUGUUUCUUCCCGAGAGGCUGACUUACUUAAGCAUGUGCGGUGUUAUGUUCCCCACCACGUCAGUGAGUAAAUUCAUUUCUGUGCUGUCCCAGUUUAAAAACAUCGAAUCUCUGAUCUGCCUGCAUAAACUGAAGCAUCUCUCCUUGUCAGGUGUGCAUAUAUUGUGUACCUAUCGUCACAGUGAUCCUAAGCCAAGUUUAGGUCCCUCAGUGGAAGCUGAUGCACUAGCCCUGUCUAGUUUGGAGCUUAUCGACUGCAUGGAUCCUUCGCUGCCAGCUCAUGGGUUGAGGUUCCUGCCUGGCCUGAAAAGUCUGGCUGUUUUCUACAAGCAUUCACAUCAUGACAUUCCAGAAAUGUGGUCACUGUCUCCUUGUCGCCUCAAAACAUGGCUGCAUGACCUACCUCAACUGUCGACCCUGAUCAUUGUUAAGGGCCCCCCUGUUAAUAAAUACAUCACCUCCAUUCCAGCCACAGUGACCAGUCUCACGCUGUGUGUUGCAGGACUCACCUCUGAAGACAUGGCAGCCAUUGCGGUGCAGGUGCCAAAUCUUCACCACCUCCAUGUGGACCCCUGGCCCUCGCAUCUGGGAGCUCACACUGCUGAUCUCCCACGGCUGUUUCCGAAGCUCAAAAGUCUCAAAAUCCGUCACGAGCACGUACCAGAGGGAGAUUUCUUGGAGCUUUGUCACCUGCAAGACCUGAAACAUUUGGAGAUUCUGGACAACACCCCACAGCUGUCUGCGCUCACUGGCAAGCUUCAAGCUCUCACCGAGUACAGACUUCAGAUCAGAACCUUUCCUUACCAAAGAGAUGUGCUGUCCUGUCCUUGUGUUUCUCAAGUUUAUUGAUCAGGUGAACUGACAGGUUUUUAUUUGAAGAGUGGAAACAUGGACAACUGCUCAUAAUCAAAGUUUAAUGAACUUUUUGAGGUAGUUUUAUUUAAUCUCAGGAAUCCAAAGUGCCUUGCCGUAGUUUAGACUAUUUAACUUAUUCAGUGGAAUCAAACCCUUGUAAAGGUUUAAAUCAAUCACUGUUCUUUUACUUAAGCAGACAUGCACCUGUUUUAAGAUCAUAAGCUGAAAGGGUGGAACCAACAUAAAUUUUGUCUACCAAAUAUAAU